CUGACCCCCUGUGGAAACGCCAGAACGCUCCUCUGUCAGAAAGCUUGUAGCCGAAGCCUCUGCUUCCUCCUGUAGCCCUCUUUGCCUCCUUCCUUUCCUGCUGCGUCGUUCUUCCUGUAAUGGGGUGCAAGGCGUGCGAGAAGCCCCGGCCGAAUUACCGGAAGGGGCUGUGGUCGCCGGAGGAGGACCAGAAGCUCCGCGACUACAUUCUCCGGCACGGCCACGGCUGCUGGAGCGCGCUUCCUGCUAAAAUCGGGCUCCAGCGGAACGGCAAGAGCUGCAGGCUGCGGUGGAUCAACUACCUGAGGCCGGGGCUGAAGCACGGCAUGUUCUCCCCGGCGGAGGAGGAGACGGUGAUGAGUCUCCACGCUGCACUCGGCAACAAGUGGUCUAGGAUAGCACGGCAUUUACCGGGCAGGACCGACAACGAGGUCAAGAACUACUGGAACUCUUACCUGAAGAAGAGGGUCGAGAGCGGCAAGCAAGGCCCAGACGCAGCUGCACCAACCGCGGCGGACUCCGCUGCGGAUUCAGACGGCUCCCAGAGCACCAACCCCACCGGGGAAACGGCUCAGGAACCCGCCAGCCGGCCGUCCAACUCCGGCUCGUCGGAGCCGCAUCACGAGUCCUACUCGUCGGCCGACUCGAGCUGCCUGACAGUGACCGAGCCGCCGCCUCCUGCUCCUGCCUGCAGGCCCCACGCGCCUGUGGCUCCCAAGGUGAUGUUCGCGGAUUGGCUGGACAUGGACUACAUCAACGGUGGCCAGAUGUCAGCGGCGGCACCUGGUCUGGCCGACGCUGCUGGGGUGGUUGGUGCGGCUGCAAGUGCAAGCCCAGGGGAUCACCAUCAUCAGGCAGUCAUGAGCCAGGGAUCCGCGCAGGUCGAUGGGCCACCCUGCAGCGUGAAUGAUUCCCUGCACGGGUUCGGAGACAAUGGCACCUGCUGGGAGUUUCAGGAGCAGUUCGACAGCAUGGAUCAGAUGCAGGUAGGCUCCUUCUGUGACCUGCUCUCCGUGAACGAGUUCUUCGGGCUGGACUAGAGCGCGCGCGUGGUUGAAGGAGAAGGGGAUAUAGGGUUUCUUGAAUUCAGACAUUUCGUCAGAUUUAAAGGGGUGUUUGUAAUGCUGCAAUGUAAAUUAUCACCGUGUAUGUAAUAGAGAGGUUUAUACAAAGUUCAGAGACAUGAAAUUGCUAUUCUACUACUGCAUCUGCAA